UCUGGACAGCCUGGCUUUCACUACGACAACGACGACUCCGAUUUACGAUAUUUACAACACCACAGGCCCGCAUCCUCCCCUACGUUCUCAACUGGGUUGUGACUCACAAAAUCAUAUACCUGCCUAAUUAUUGCCUGCCAAAUAUGCGAUUUUCCAGUUCCAUUUUCCUUGCAGCCAGCAGUUUGCUGGGCGCUGCACUUGCACACAAUAUCCAGCUUGCAGCGCAUGGAAGAGAAUGUUUCCAUGAGAGCCUCCACAAGGAUGACCGGAUGACCGUAACAUUUCAAGUUGGGGAUAGAGAAUUUGGAAGUGCUGGGAACUUGGAUAUUGAUUUCUGGGUGGGUAGACCAUGUAAUUGAUUUUUUUUCUAUUUACUAACUGGUUGAUGUAGAUUGAGAACCCCGAAAAGGGCUUCGAAACCCAUGAGCGAUCAGUAGCAAACGGAGAUCAUUCUUUCACCGCAGCCCAUGAUGGCAAAUACGUAUACUGCUUCAGUAAUGAGCAUUGGUCGGCAUCUAGCAAGGAUGUUUCGUUCAAUGUUCACGGUAUCGUCUAUGUUCCUGAAUCGGAGGCACCAUCAGAUCCAUUAGAGGCGGAGGGUAAGUCAAAUCAUUAUGACAAUGUCAACUACAUUUUCACUAACUCUUCUGCUAGUUCGACAACUCUCCGAUCUUCUUUCCCAAGUCAAGGACGAACAAUCAUACAUCGUGGUCCGAGAACGAACGCAUCGAAACACCGCAGAGAGCACCAACGGUAGAGUCAAGUGGUGGAGUAUUUUCCAGAUGGUUGUCUUGGUCGCUGAAGGAAUAUUCCAAGUUUGGUGGUUGAAGAGAUUCUUCGAGGUAGGCAAGAACAAAUCCUACCGUUAUGGGUACUGAAUGGGCGAUUGAUUUUGCCUUGAUAGGUCAAGCGAGUUGUGUAGAUUUCAUUUCGGAAAUUUGGGGGGUCAUUCAGUCAUCGAAUCGGCGCAAACAAAACUUUGGGCAACGCGGCUGUACUACUGGAAGUAGACAGGUUACACGUCACCUCAUUCCAGCGGAGGGCUACCUAAGGGUAUUGACGAUGUAUUAUACCUAUGUUAAUGGCUACAUUUACGAAUC